AUGGCUUCUUCUGUCCCUCCACUACCUCCACCAAAUGAUAAUCAGGCGUAUUGCGAUAUCUCCGCCCUCGAGGGCGGUUUCUUGUUAUUGCCAUGCCACAUGUUCGUUAGCACAGCACCCGAGAACGAGAGGAAACUUGUUCCUUCGCUGUCUUUCCUUAUUACCCAUCGUAACUCACAGCAACAUAUCCUCUUCGACCUCGGUGUCCGGAGCGAUCUGGAGAAUUACCCAGAGACCACGAAAAAAAUGGUAGCGGUGGCGAGGGUACCGUGUGACGUGCCUAUGUCGCUUUCGAAGGGAGGGCUUAAACCUGCGGAUAUUACCCAUGUGUGCUUUUCGCAUUGUCACUGGGACCAUACGGGAAACCCGAGCCUGUUUACCAAGGCGCAAUUUAUUGUCGGUGCUGAAGCGGCGACGCUUUUCCAACCUGGGUAUCCUGAAGACCCGAAGAGCGUGUUCCCAUCUAACUUGCUGCCGAAGGGACGUACGGAGUACUUAGAUACUACUGGUGAAGCAUGGAAGCCUAUUGGCCCGUUCCCUCGUGCAUUUGAUUACUUCGGUGAUGGAUCUGCGUAUUUCGUCGACGCACCUGGACACCUUCCCGGCCACUUGAACUUUCUUGUACGAACAUCUCCAGAUGGCGGAUGGAUCUAUCUUGCGGGAGACACUGCACACGAUUGGAGACUUAUUCGAGGCGAAGGAGAUAUCGCAACUUAUCAAACUCCAGAAGGAAGGACGGGGUGUAUGCACGUGAACAAGAAAGAUGCAAAGGCUGCUAUUCAGCGUAUUGCCGACGUACUCACGCUACCGCGUGUACAUGUCAUCCUGGCGCACGACGCUGAGUGGUAUAACGAGAACAAGGAAGGCGAUGCGUUUUGGCCUGGAAAGGUUCCUUCGCUUUAG